CGGGUACCUAUUAUAUUGAUCAUUCAUGGUUAGCACGACUUGAUCCCCGGAAUAAGUUGACCACAGGCAAGUUGACCUCAGCCCUAUGUUCAGAGACUACAGGUGAUCUGGAAUCGGUUUGUUGCGAGACAUAAUGACCGUGAUUCGGCAGUGGAUAUCAAGGGUCCUAAACUAUUCCUCACAAUAUGACAGUGCGGGAUGGUCAGCUAACCAGGUAAUAGGUGCUCCUAAAGUGUACCCAAGACAUGGAGAUAUCCGAGGGGCAUGGGCUACUCAGACUAAAACUAACAAAGAAUUCAUAGAGGUAGCUUAUGACCAGAAAGUGUAUCCCCAAGAAAUCAAUAUAUAUGAAACAUUGAAUUCUGGUGGGACAAAGAAAGUGCAAGCUAAAGCAGACAGUGGAGCAUGGGUUACUUUGUAUGAAGCAAAGACAAUAGAAUGCAUUAAAGAAAGUCGCAUAUUCAAACCAGAACUGCUUGAAACAAAUAUUCCUACCAAUACACUGAGAAUAGAGAUUGAUUGCACAGUUGCUGGAACAUGGGUAGAAAUUGAUGCUGUGGAAUUAGUUGGAACAGAGGCAAAUCCAGGGGGUUACUUAUAAAUGGAAAGUUGCCUGAAGAAUUUAUCUAUGAGAUCUCAACAGAACGGGAGUGAAGAUAUAAGAAAUAAGCAUGAAAGAUCUUUACAAAGAAUACCCAUGCCUUUCUGAACCCAGAUUUACCAGGCAAUCUUCUGAGAUCUUUAACAAAUCUGUAUUAUUGUGGAAAGACAUGGUUUCUCCAUAUGUUUCAAAGUCGAGGAUGAUCCUUGGUGAAGAUUCUAACUUUUUAUCUGUAUAAAUUUGCAGGACAUUGUACAUCCUGUAAUGACAUAAUUAAUUAUACUAUAGAGAUUUAAAAUUACCGUAACUUUUGCUAAACAAAACAAUUGAAAAAGAGAGAAAGAUGCAGCAUUUGUCCAGUUUUUAUUGAACUUUUACAUUGAUAUACAAUUGUACUACUUGUCUUUUUUCUGAUGAUUUAUGUGUACAUAUCAAAUGUAUUAUCAGUAACAAUAUAUAAUUUGUAUCUUGUUAUUGUCCCCUACAUCCAUAGAGAAUAGCUGCAGAACUGUAGCUCACCGAAAAAAAAAUUAUUGACAGACAGGAGAGCUACAGUGCCACCCAUUGAAAAAGUGUAUACCAGGUAUUUAUUGCGCACAAAAAGGUGUGCUGUAUCUCGAUUUAUUUCAACGUGUUUUUCAAACUCCCAUCUCAAAGUAUUACUUACCGUGUGUUCCUAACAUAUUCUUUUACUAUUUCCACAAAAAUGAAUUCCUUAUCACCGUUGUAAAUAGCCCUCAUGGGCCUAAAAUUGAGACUAUGGAAAAUUUUGCCUAUUUACUCUGCCAUUUUGGGGGGCAAGAUAAUUCGGUCCAACAUGCUUCUUGGAGACAUCAUACAUAAGAGUAUUUAAUAGAGGUCAAAUGAAUAUUUUGAAAUCAAGCUUUUGUACAGUUGAGGUAAGAGUUUGGAGAAAUUAAUACAAAAUCGAGCGCAACUUCUUGUGCGCAAGAAAUAUACAUUUUUCGUUAGGUGGCACUGUAGCUCUCUGGUCAUCCAUCCCCAUUUUUUUCAGACCAGCGAGCUACAGACCUGCAGCUACAUAGAGAAAUGGGGCUUGUGACAAGUUUCAGCAGUUUUUUUUACUAUGCUAGCUCUUUAUCAAAUGAUUCUGUUAAUUAAAUACUUUUACUAGUAGACCCAAAUGCUUGAGAGUUGCAGAUGUCCCCUAUUGAUUUUCUAGGUGAUUUUUAGGUCAAAAGCACAGAGAUAUUGCAUGGGUUUCCACUACAUUCACAACAAACAGUUUCCAGCAAAUAUCUUGGAAACUUUCUUCAUUGUUGCUCUCAAAUUUUGUCAUGGUAAACAGUUGAUCCCUUUAAAUUAGCAGACUAAAUAAAGGUGAUAGGUCACAUAGUUGUGGCACAUCAGAUGUUUGUUUAACCAAUAUCCAUCUUUGCUAGCCAAGGGUUUAUGAUCCGCUCCACUCCUCUCCAAAGAGAGGAGCGGGUCGUAAACCCUUGACUAAUGAAGAUGACCAAUAUCCAAAGAUUUAUGUUUUUGACAGUUAUCAAACUUUAUAAACAGAUAGCUAUAAUAAUCUUAGAAGACCACCAUUGAUUAUUAGAGUAAAAGGCAGCAGAAUUUCUACUAUAUUGCGCAUCAAUGUUACUACCUCUCAAUAUUUUGAGUAAGGCCAAAUAAAAAAAUAUGUGUGGUUCCGGUUACCCGACCUUCCCUAUUAUAUACCCCCGACCCUAAACUUUUUUUGCCAUUUUCAUAUUUUUUACGGAAUUUCCCCCGAUUUCCAUCAAUGGCUCCAGUUUAAGUUUUAGUUUCAGCAAUGACGGCCUCCUUGCAAAACAUAAUGCAAGUGUUUAAUAGUGUUAAAUCCAAAGCAAGCUAGCAUGUAGGUGUCCCCUACCAAUAUUGACUAGUAUAUUAUCACACCACAUCUAAAUGCCAUUUGCAAAGCAGUGAUAGGUAUUAUUUAGAAAAAAUUAAGAAAAUCAUUUUGUUAAAAAAAAAAAAAAAAAAAAAAAAAAUCCCUACCUACCUACCCUAAUUUUUUUGGAAGUGUAACCGGAACCACACAUAUUUUUUUGUUUGGCCUAACCUUUUGGAUAAUCAUCAACUUCAUGUAGAGGUUAACCAUGACAAGUAGCCCAUGGGCUUCUCUGUAGAUCUGACAGAUCAACAAACAAGUUUAUUUCCAAUUGAAUUUUUUUAGUAUUGUUUAUUAUUACAAUCAAACCUCAUUAUCUCAAAUUCAGUGGGACAGAAAGAAACUAACUUCAAGAUAUUGAGGUUAAAUUAUAAGAAGAAAAUAGUUUUUGGGAUUUUCAAAUCACUUUGACAUAUCCUUGGUAUUAGGGAUAUUGGGAGUUGGAGAAUAUGCCGAAGUUCAACUGUAUAUUUACAACAGAGGUUAACAUUCAAGUAGAAACUAUAUUAAUUUGUUGGUAUCGUUAAUUAUCAGUUUGUAUCUAUAGCCAAAUUUGUUUUUCGUGUAUGCCCUACUUAGAACCAUGAUUUCUCUUUUCUUUUUUAAGAUUUGUAAAUUGAUAUAGUUGGGAUAUUGUGAUAUUUAACAUUUACUUAGCUGUUAGCAUUAUCGGAAAUGGUUGUGUUCAGUUGUUGACUAUGAUUUAAUUGUUAUUUGGGAUAAUGUUGAGAAAAGAAAGUGUGAAGAGCAAUAAAAACUUGUUAUUUUA